UAUGGCAGACAAGUUUUUUAAUGUGUAUGUUUAUCUUGCAUAACUCCGGUGACUAUCUUUGUCAAAUUUUCAUAAAACUCCUGAAAAUACUACCUAAACUUUAAGUUAAAAUGGUGAGUGAUAACCAGAAGAAUGCAAAAACGCCAGAGACACUGGAGGUCAAUGGUAAUAAGGAUGACACCAAGAAUACAGCAAAAACGGACAAUGAUCUAUCAAAGUGGGGUUAUGACCUCUAUCCGGAAAGAAAAGGAGAAAAGUAUAAAGCUUCCUGGUCGAGAGUUUUCUUUGGUGUGGAAGGACGUGAAAAUAUGGAUAAAGUCAAAUGUGAAAGGACCGUCUUCAAAUGCGUGCAGAAUUCUCCAUUGGUCAAAUUGAUGAUGGGAGCUCUGAGAAGUUCCGGUUGCCCUAUAGACAUCCGGAGGCACUUCUCGUGCGAAGUGUGCGAUCCUUCCGUCACAGGCGGAUACGAUCCUGUUCUCAACCAAAUUGUCAUUUGCCAAAAUUCUUCCCGGAGUGAAGGAAUGGUACAAGGAGUUCUUACCCAUGAGCUAAUUCACAUGUUUGAUUUCUGCAAAAACGAAUUGGACUUCCAAAAUAUUGAUCAUCUUGCAUGUACCGAAAUACGAGCAGCUAAUCUGGCUCAUUGCUCAUUUUUGAGUGCAUGGUCCCAGGGAGAUGCAUCGAUGUUCAACAUCAAAGCUGCACAUCAAAAUUGUGUCAAAAGCAAGGCCCUUGCAUCAGUUCUUGCAGUUCGGAAAAUAACAAAGGAUGAGGCAAUUGAUGCAAUUGAGAGAGUAUUUCCCAAAUGCUACGCCGAUCUAGAGCCAAUUGGACGACGUAUUAGAAGAAAUUCCCGAGAUAUGCACAAUGCAUUUAUUGAAGGACCAAUGUACGGAUAUGAUGUAUAUUAGUGAGAAUUGUAAAAUAAAUAAAUAUAGAAUUUAUGUAAA